AUGAUGAAUAAGAAUAAAAAUCUGUCAACCCUUGCUAACGACGUUCUUCAGAGAUGUGCCCAGAAGCUAGAUACAUGUGUUGAUGCAUUGGUGGAGGAAUUUGAGAGAGAAAGGAAACCCAAAAAUGGUGAAUACUCGAGGAAAUUGGUGGAUUAUUGCUGCGCAAAGGCUCUUAAUGACAUGUGUUGUAGCAUCAACGAAACCAUUGAUGAUGGGUCUUUUAGUCGUUUCACCUUUGAUAUGAUGCUCGCUUGGGAGACGCCCAGUUCUGAUGAUGAACACUCAUACCAGGAGAGUGUGGCAAAGGAGAAAGAGGAGAGGAAGAAGACACCUACAAAUGCAACUCAAGAACAAGACGAGAUCCCUCUUUUCUAUUCAGAUAUCAUGCCACUCCUUGUUGAUCACGAGCCAGGUGUUGGAGAAGAUGCAUUUGUGUGGUUGGGAAUACUGGUUCCAUUAAUUGCAGAUGUUGUCAAUGGAAGAUUUACUUUCGAAGCUCUUACUGCAGCUACAGCUUACAGGCUCCAUUUCCCUGCUUAUGAUAAAUUCUUGAAAGAAAUUGACAAAUGCAUAAAACAUCUGCAAAAGCAAGCAACUCCAAAAGGUGUUGAGUUCGCGGAUGAUGAGUUUAUACUGCACGUGGAGGGAACUGCAAGCACACAGAGAGUAGUGCGUCAUAUUGGAGGAACAAAUUGGCCUGGUAGGCUUACACUGACCAAUUACGCCAUCUACUUUGAGGCUUCGGGAGUCAUAUCUUAUGACGAUGCACUUAAGCUUGAUCUUUCAAAGAACAUUGAGCAGAGUGUGAAACCAGCAGCCACGGGACCUUUUGGUGCUCCCCUUUUCGACAAAGCUAUAGUCUACGAGUCCUCUGAGUUGCAAGAGCCUGUUGUAUUGGAGUUCCCGGAGAUGACAAGCUCUACAAGACGUGAUCAUUGGCUUGCUCUUAUCAAGGAGGUUAUAUUAUUGCACAAAUUCUUAUCCAAGUUUGAGGUGAAAUCUCAGAUACAAGCAUGGGAGAUGCAUGCAAGGACUAUACUGGGGAUUGUAAGGCUCCAUGCCGCUAGAGAAAUGCUUAGAAUAUCGCCGCCUAUUCCAAAAAAUUUCUUGAUCUUUGCCUUGUUUGAUGAGUUGCCAAAGGGGGAUUACGUAUUGGAGGAACUUGCUGAGAGUUUAAAGAAGGUUAAUAGUGGACAUCCAUGCAGUGCUAGCUCAAUUUUAAGGUCUCUGAAUAGUCUCCAACAAUGUGCUUCAAAUAUUGAAGUAAAAGAAGUGGACGAGGAAAGUAAACCUGUGGGAGGCCAAGUUGACAAUCUCUCGUCACUGGAGAGUGCUAUUAAUCAAUCCAGAGAGGAAGCAAAAGAAUUUGGUGUUGCCAGAGCUACUGCCGAGAGGCUGAGAGAGGAUGGAAUUGGUGAGAGUGCCGCUGUUCUUAUGGAACUUCUAAGACCACUUAAAGAUGUAUUACCUUGGUUUAAAGAAGUCUUUACAUGGGAAAGACCAUCAACCACCCUCAUUGCAGUUGCCACAACUGUGUUAGUUUUUUACAAGGAAUGGGUUGGCAAGGCAUUGGCAGUUUUCUUACUCUGGGUGGUGUUUAAGAUGGUUCAGGCAAGACGAAGAAGGAUGCAUGACAAGUGGAACAAGGUAGUUGUGUGCACUGGUUCGAACAAGACGACAAUGGAGAGUAUAGUAUCGGCACAACAUGGAUUAAGGACUGUACAGGACAUGAUGCAGAUAGCGAACAUUACGAUACUGAAAAUCUAUUCGAUAUUGAUCUCGAGGGCACCCAAGCAUGCCAAUAUGGUGAUGAUGUCAAUGACUGGCUUAGCAAUCUUGUUGGCUGUGGUUCCAUUCAAGUUCAUCCUUUUGGCUCUCGCGGUGUAUUGUUUCAUAAUGACUUCAAAGCUGGGGAAGUAUAUUGAAAAUGAACAGGGGAAUCGGCGGUUAAGAGAAUGGUGGGACUCAAUUCCAGUUGUUCCUGUUGAAACUGUGGACAAGGUACCCGAUAGUCCUACAUAAUUAGGGCAAGUAGUUACUAUGGUUGGAGAAUUAAAGAGAGUUCAAGAGGUGAUACGGUGUAUGAGCUCAGACAUACUUUGUAUGAGAGUCUGAUCUGAUCCUAUAAACAUUCUGAUACUGUGAUGCUAUAUAUAUAUAUAUAUAUUUUUAGCAGUAGUGAGUGCCUGUUUCAUCUGUGAGGGAGAUGAGUGUUGGCAUUAUGGUUUCACUUGUUUCUUGUAAACGAUGCACAUUGAUUCUUAUUUAUGUGGUCAAAUGGUUUUGAACCAUCU